AUGACUCGCAACGAAAAUCCCCACACUGAAUAUAAAUUAUCCGUAUGCAAAUACCAGUACAAAGUAGAAACAAGCUCACAAGCAAACAAUCGAUAUUUGACAGGUAUAAAGCCAGGAAACAUCUGUCCAUUUUUCAGUACACAAUUUAACUGUGAUAGUGUAAGUACCAUCAGGUUUUGUAAUUACAUAAGAAACAUCAUGCAACCAAAAGCUAUGAUUUUGUUAUUUGUGGUUGCGAGCGUUCUAGUGAUGUCCGAGCUCGCUGCUGCUAAAAAAUCUCCAAAUGGAUAUCAAUGCAAACGCUAUAAUAAUUGUCUUUCAAACUGUUGUGCUAACAAUAAAUGCGUCGAGAAUGCAAAUGGAUGUCCAUGCUCCAACUUGAAUAAUCCUUGUAAUAGAAAAUUGCAAGUAUGUAUACCUCUACAAGUUCAAUGCAUUAGAGCACCCUGCUAUCCAAUCGCAAAGUGCCAGCCUCGUUUCUUGUCUGUAACACCAACAAAUUAGUUACAUUUGUUGCUGCUUAUUACUUCGUUUAUGUAAUUCUUCAAUGGAAUAUCUGAUUUGAAUAAAAUGGAAAUUUUCGAGUUUAAAUGGAUCGCUUGAAAAAAUUAAUUUUUAUCCAGCUACUUGGACACGAACGAAGAUUCAAAAUUUUCAA